GCCGAGCGUGCGAGUCUCGACUCUAACCUUCCUUCACCAUGGCGAAUUCCCUAAUGCAGGUUAGUGUUCGAACAAACCCUAUUCUCAGUUCGAGUUCGGUUUAUGAACAUAUCUUCGAGUCAUGAAAUCUCUUCAUUUCGAAAUACGCAUAAUGGCUAUUUACCGCAGUGUUCUUUGCCCCAUAAGGCUGAAACGAGCAACCACUCGACUGAGCAAUCUCUGUUUUCUUACGCAAAACUCUAUUGUUCCCUCUAACCGAAUCUUUAACACAGUUAACGUAGGUUUCUCCCGAUCAAUACAUAGGGGUUGCUCCGGAAAUUUUAGUUUUUUAGCUCAGAAGGAGAACUUUGAUUUGAUCUUCCCUAAGUUUCCCACAGGAUACUCUAGUUUCUGCAGAACUUUUUCUUCUGGAGAGAGCUGUAAUGAUUCGACUGAAUGGACGGAAGAUAUAGAGUAUUUAGAUGAAAAGGGCAGUGUGAUUUUCUCCGGAAAGGGAAUUCGAUCGGUUGAGCCAGGGCUAGAUGACCAUGUUAUGGUGGGCGAACUAAAGAAGCCAUUUUUGAAUGCUUCCGCAGUUUCGAAGAUCGUGGAAGUUGUUAAGAGGUGGAGAUGGGGUCCUGAAAUGGAAACCCAGCUUGAUAAACUCCAUUUUGUUCCUAAUAUGUCUCAUGUAAACCAAGCGUUGAAGGAGAUUGGAGAAAGUGAUGCAUCUUUGAGCUUAUUCCAAUGGGCGAGGAGGCAAUCUUGGUAUUUCCCGAGUGAUGAAUGCUACACUCAUUUGUUUGAUCGAUUGAAUCAGAGCAGAGAAUUUGAAGCAAUUCAGUCACUAUUCGAUGAUAUGGUUAGAGAAUGUGCAAAUAAUGGGAUUUCAUCUUUCACGGCAUAUAAUCGGGUGAUUCAGCAUUUAGCCAGAGCUGAGAAAUUAGAGCUUUCCUUCUGUUUUUUCAAGAAAAUUAAAGAUUCAGGAUCUAGAAUUGAUACUCACACCUAUAAUUCGCUCAUGACAUUGUUUCUGAACAAGGGUCUGCCUUACAAGGCAUUUGAGAUAUACGAGACCAUGGAAGAAUCUGGGUGUUCAUUGGAUGGGUCUACCUAUGAAUUGAUGAUACCAAGCCUAGCAAAAUCUGGGCGUCUGGAUGCUGCCUUCAAGCUUUUCCAAGAAAUGAAAGAGAAGGGUUUUAGGCCAAACUUUUCUAUCUUUGCAUCUCUAGUUGAUUCAAUGGGGAAAGCUGGAAGGUUGGAUACAUCAAUGAAAGUCUACAUGGAAAUGCAGGGUUUUGGGUUCAGGCCAUCUGUGACGAUGUACGUCUCUUUGAUUGAGUCAUUUGUUAAGGCUGGGAAGCUAGAGACAGCUCUGAGGCUUUGGGAUGAGAUGAAGAAAGCAGGGUUCAGGCCAAAUUAUGGGUUAUACACAAUGAUUGUGGAGUCCCAUGCGAAAUCAGGGAAACUUGACAUUGCAAUGUCAGUUUUCUCAGAUAUGGAAAAAGCUGGGUUUCUACCUACCCCUUCUACCUAUUCUUGCCUCUUGGAAAUGCAUGCUGCUUCUGGACAAGUAGAUUCUGCCAUGAAAUUGUAUAAUUCAAUGACCAAUGCUGGCCUGAGACCCGGUCUAAGCACAUAUGCUGCCCUAUUGACAGUCCUAGCAAAUAAGAAACUUGUUGAUGUGGCUGCAAAGGUUUUACUUGAGAUGAAAACCAUGGGUUACUCUGUUGAUGUGAGUGCUUGUGAUGUUUUGAUGAUCUAUAUUAAAGAUGGGUCUGUAGAUCUUGCUUUGAGGUGGCUACGUUUCAUAGGUGCAUCUGGAAUUCGAACCAACAACUUCAUCAUCAGGCAGCUCUUUGAGUCAUGCAUGAAGAAUGGAUUGUAUGAGUCAGCCAAGCCUCUCCUUGAGACUUAUGUCAAUUCAGCUGCAAAGGUUGAUCUCAUAUUAUAUACAUCAAUCUUGGCCCAUCUUGUGCGGUGCCAGGAUGAGCAGAAUGAGAGACACAUAAUGUCUAUCUUGAGUGCUACAAAACAUAAGGCACAUGCUUUCAUGUGUGGAUUGUUUACUGGUCCAGAGCAGAGGAAACAGCCAGUUUUGUCAUUUGUCAGAGAAUUUUUCCAGAGCAUUGAUUAUGAGUUGGAAGAGGGUGCUGCUAGGUACUAUGUUAAUGUGCUUCUUAACUAUCUUGUGCUCAUGGGACAAAUCAACCGAGCUCGUUGUGUAUGGAAGGUUGCCUAUGAGAAUAAGCUUUUCCCCAAGGCAAUAGUUUUUGAUCAGCAUAUUGCCUGGUCCUUGGAUGUUAGAAACUUGUCUGUAGGUGCUGCUUUGAUAGCUGUUGUUCACACCCUCCAUAGAUUUAGGAAGCGCAUGUUGUAUUAUGGUGUUGUUCCAAGACGGAUCAAAUUAGUUACAGGACCCACCCUGAAAAUUGUGAUAGCACAGAUGCUAAGUUCAGUAGAAUCUCCAUUUGAAGUCAGUAAGGUUGUAUUGAGGAGCCCAGGAGAUUCUGUAUUGGAAUGGUUUAAGAAACCAAUUGUUCAGCAGUUUCUUCUUAAUGAGAUUCCAUCUAGGGCUGACAUCCUCAUGCACAAGCUUAACACACUCUUUCCUAGUUCUGCACCUGAAGUUAGAUCUCUUUCCCCUCCUAAGCCACUGGUUAUGGGGAAGGCAGUGUAGGAGUUAGCACAGUCAAAAUUCAAUAUAAGUUGUAGGCUCUGUACCGUAGAAAUUUAAAUGAAACCAUAUAUUCUAUUUCAUAAUUCUCCUGUUCUUCAGUCUUUCUUUUUGUAUCUCUUGCUGGACAUGUAACUAGAAUGACACAUGGAGAUGAUUGCAUGAUUAGGAUCUUAUCUUACUUAUAUCUGUCAGUGAGGAUCUGUAUGACCCUUUGUUAUGCUGUAAAACGUUACCAUUUGAAAUUUAUGCAGAUAAUAUGUCAUCUUUGAAGAGUUGAAA